AUGGCAGUGAGCGGGAGGCGGAACAUGCUGGCGCAGACGCUGGCUUCGCGGAGGCUCCCGGAGGGCGUGGCGGAGCCCGGUGAGCGGGUGCCCGACGCCCUUGCCCCCGAGGUCAUGCCAUUCAUCCGCGCCGCCGACGAGGUCGAGCCGUUCAACCCGCGGGUCGCCUUCCUAUGUCGAAAAUAUGCCUACAAGAAAGUUCAAAGAAUGGAUCCAUCAUCUAUCCAACGUGGAGUUCGGCAGUUCAAAACAUACAUGUCACUUAAGCUAGAUCAGGAUGAUACACAAUUUCUUGUCAAUGAUGCAAAGGAGAUUCAACGAUUUUAUAAGCACUACUGUGAUAAUUUAAUCAGAACUUCCCAAAGAACAAACUUUGACGAAUUGGCUAGAUAUUACCAAGUGGCAUCUGCUCUUUAUGAAGUGUUAAAAGAUGUUACAAACAACAAAGUUGAUUCUGAGGUGAUGAAGUGUGCUAAAGUGGUUGAGGAAAAGAGUGGUCAUUUCAGGAGUUACAAGUACAACAUAGUCCCCCUCAAUUUUCCUGGUUCUUCCGAAGCAGUUCUGGAACUCCCGGAGAUAAAAAGUUCUAUUGAUGCAAUACGGAACACAGAUGGUCUUCAAAAGCCGCACAUGUCUUCAAUUCACAGGGAAGGAAAAUCUAUCCGGGAUUUACUUGACUGGCUUUCACUAGCAUUUGGAUUUCAGAACUCGAAUGUGCAAAAUCAGAGAGAAAACAUGAUUUUACUGCUUGCAAAUAUUAGCACAAGGACUUCAGGACAGGAAGGGCUUCCUUUGGUUGACACUGUGAAUGAUUUGGGGGAAAAGAUAUUUGGAAAUUAUGAAUCAUGGUGUAACUAUUUGCAUCUUAGUUCAAGAAUCAUGAUCAAUUAUGAUGGUGCACUAAAGAAGCAGCAGCUAAUGCUUCUCCACAUUGGAUUGUACCUUCUUAUCUGGGGCGAGGCUUCAAAUGUUCGGUUUAUGCCUGAGUGCUUAUGCUACAUAUUCCACCAUAUGGCAAAUCAGUUGAAUGAAAUGGUUGAGGAAAACUAUUUUCAGCCACCACCUGGGUUUGAAGAAGAGGGAUCAUUUCUAAAAGUUGUCAUUGAACCUAUCUACAAGGUUCUGCAGAAAGAAUCACAAAGAAGUAAAGGUGGUACAGCUGGUCACUCAGCUUGGAGAAAUUAUGACGACUUGAACGAACAAUUUUGGUCAGAGAAAUGUUUUAUGAAGCUUGGCUGGCCAUGGGAUCUCAGAGCAGACUUCUUUCAUCAGGCGGGUCGUACAACAAGAAAGCCAAAAACAAAUUUUGUUGAAGUCCGUACGUUUCUGCACCUGUUUAGAAGUUUUAAUCGUAUGUGGGUGUUUUUUAUACUGGCGUUCCAGGCAAUGCUAAUAAUUUCAUGGAGUUCCUCUGGAUCACUUUCUGGAAUUGCUGAUGUAACUGUUUUCAGAAGCGUUUUAAGUGUCUUUAUAACUGCAGCCCUACUCAACUUCAUAAAAGUGACUUUGGAUAUAUGUCUUACUAUCCAAGCAUGGGGGAAUAUGGAGUGGACGCAAAUAAUCAGAUACCUACUAAAAUUCUUUGUGGCCAUUGCUUGGAUAAUAAUUCUUCCAGUAACAUAUUCAAGUUCCAUUAAAAAUCCAUCUGGUGCUGGCAAACUGCUGAAUAGUUGGACACGGAAUUGGUAUAACCAGUCAGUAUAUAAUGUCGCAAUUGUCAUAUAUAUGGGCCCGAACAUUUUGGCUGCCUUGCUUUUCUUGUUGCCACAACUUCAAAAUGUCAUGGAACGCUCAAAUUCGCGUGCAUUUAUUCUUCUUAUGUGGUGGAUUCAGCCAAGAUUGUAUGUGGCACGUGGUAUGUCUUCUUUUGGGUUGUGUUGCUCACCUGCAAGCUUGCAUUCAGUUUCUAUGUUGAGGUAAAUCUUAAACACUUCAUGAGUAUUUUUUUCUGAAGUCUUCAAAAUUUAGCGAUUUACCACCUGUACUCUUCCACGGGUGCAUAAUUAUAUAUUCUGAGAAACUGGCAGGAGAAGUGCAUCUUCAUUAAAAGGAGCAAAUAUGUAAUCUAUAUCUAUAAUCUAUAACUAAUAAUAAAGGAGCUAACGUUUCCCUAGUUUGGUCUGUCGUUUUCUGCCUUCGUCCGUCCGCGUGGGCGCCUUCGUACGUCUCCCUGCUGCGCCGUUCACUGCCGAUCCGAUCAGUUCGUGUUCGUAAAGGACACCUACACAAGGAAAACUAUCGGUCCUAUAAAAAACUGCAAAACCUGUCCCAGUCCAAGGCGAUUGAUUCCGCUCCAUAGAAUCUUUGCUCCUUCCCGGCCAUGGACUAGCGUACACGCUAGGGCUCACGUCAGCUUUGAAUCGAAGAUGCGGCUAGAUGGGCUAGCGGAAAAUGCUGAAAAAAUUACUACAUGAUCGAUUUGGAGAUCCCGCGAUGGCAGUAGCCAUGGGCAUGAUGUUCCCGAUAAACAACCAAGCAUGCGGAGCUGUCCCAGUCAACCACGCACGGCAAAGGCGGCAUCCACAACACACUGUCUGGUCCCUUCAUCCAGCUCACUACGGGUAUCGCGUCUCAGCUAACCUCAGCGCGCACGACGCCGUGCAGCUGGGCAUGCUGGUCAAAUAUUUUCCCAAUGAUAUACACCAAAGCUCGCUGUCGUGGGUUUCGCCAGAGUCGAGGGUGGAAG